AUGCCAAAGGACCGGACGGAGGAAACAGCGAUAUCUGCAACAACCGAACGGGGAUCCACGAUGGAUAGAAGUGGAAGUAGAUGGUACGAGGAUUCCAGCAAGCACAAUGGUGGAUGGCCUGUGUAUCUUUUACUCGAUAAACAUCCAAGUCCCGAGAAAAUUAAUGACUCUCGAGAAACAAACAAAAUACCUAUUCAAACAUCUAAACCAACUGUCAAGUUGGAUAAUGCUCUUGGAAGGAAAUCCUAUGUAUCGUCCCACAGCGUUAACAAUCUCGUGGAAGUCGGACCGUCAGAAACACUGCCAGAGAGUGAGGAAGACUUCGUUCGGAGCAUCGUUGAUAGGAUCUUCGAAUGUCAAAAAAAUGAUAUUGAAGAUACGACAGGACUUCGACACAAGGAACCUGCAAAUGCUUCCACGGGACAAGAACGGGAAUCUGUUGGUGGCCGUUGGCACCCUGGGAUUACGGCAACUAAACAAUGUCAAUUGUCAGACGAUGAUGCAAUACAAUACGAGGAAGAGAAUUUGCCCAAACUUCUUAAUUUAUUGAAAAAUAACUAUCCAUUUCGUGAAGUGACAAACAAAGAUAAUAUUUUGCGUAAUGAUGAAAUUGAAAGGUUCACAGAACUUUAUAAUAUUACUAAUGUUUACCCAGUGCUCGCAUGUUAUGAUUCGAUUUUCUGGUUAAAAGAUCCUGAUGGCGUUAUCUACCUGUGGUCUCGUACAGAUGAAAUGAUAAUACGUGGAGGAGGUGAUAUGAAAGAGGCUUUAAUUAAUUAUCUCUUUCACCAGGAAAAUCUUUGCUAUAUCAAUGAGUAUACACAUGAAUUGAUACCAAUAAAAGAGGCUGAAGAUAAAGCUAAUAAAUGGUAUGAAGAGGCUAAAAAAACUGCAACUAAAUUUACGGAAUUGGCUAUUUAUCACCGCAGAAAAUCAUCGUCCCUGGGUUGGACGCCCGAUACUAAACUAAAAAAGUGCAACAUGUCGAUCACACCUACUAAAUCUGAUGAAUAUCAUAUGCCUGAUGAGAUUUUUUAA